UUGCUGUCACUGUCAGUCUGCCUCAAAUUGUCAAAAAAUCCUGCCAGGGAGACUGGCACAAAUAAAUAUAUAAAUAAUCAGUUUUAAACUCCAGAAUGGAUAACAAUAAACCAUCUCUGAGUCAGUAUUUUGGUGAUACGGAAGUGCCGCCCGCAUCACAGUUUUUUGACGAAAUCGGAACCUCUCCUAGUGACAUGAUACAAAGUGUUUACUUGGGGGACAGUAGUGGCAGUCAGCCGUCAGCACCGAAUCUGUUCCCACAAAAUAUGGCGACUUCUUUUUCUCAACUCAGCAGUGCGCAAGAAGUCUCAUUUUCUCCUCCUGUGCCGACUGUUAGUGGUUCCACGACUAUUUCAACUAAGAGCCUACCUGACCCGUCUACGUUCUUCGACACCAUAGGCCCUGAGCCUACUUUAGGGCCGCCUAAAAGUGGCAUGACCAAUCCUAACAUUAUAGCUGAUGCAUUAGAUGGUUUAAGCAUAAAAAAUCAACCUAUAGACAAAGAAGAAGUUAGAAGAAGGGAUGCUUGGAUUCCUAAUGAAGAAGCCAAAAAGACACUCAUGAAGGCUCAAUCAUCUCCAAAAGGAUCAUUCUUCCCGGAGAGGGAAGUCCUAACAAUGCCUGGACUGGUGCUAGAAGAAGAAUUGGCCGACGCGCUCCAAGAGGUAGCGGUAAAGUACCUCGGCGUGAGCUCGGCGGGCGCGCGCGGCGUGGUGCGCGCGGAGCACGUGAGCCGCGACGAGGCCGGGCUGCGCGAGCUGCUGCGGACUGGCUACUUCCGCGCCGCCGUCAACCUCACUGCCGGGCUGCUAGCGGCCGCUGGACAGGGUGAGAUAGAGAUACACUGCCUUAGAGCGCUAGAGUGAGACCACAAUAGGGAGCUGCUGCGGACUGGCUACUUCCGCGCCGCCGUCAACCUCACUGCCGGGCUGCUAGCGGUCGCUGGACAGGGUGAGACCCUUAGGAGACAGGGACACUGCAAGCUGACAGCAGUGGCACAGAGCAAGCUCAACGAGCGCGCUGCAUGUGACUU